GAGAGAUGUUUUCUUCAUUACGCGAACACUCUAGCAUUAGUGUGAUCGCUAAAGAUGCACGCCACUGCAGGUCCUGGUGAAGAAGCUACGGUCAACCCACGCCCAAGAGGUGCAGCCCGGGUGAAGCUUGGGCUGAGGGCAUUUCGCUCCCUGCUGGUGCUAAUGCCAUUGCUAGGCACGCCUCACGUCCUCCUUCUGCUCGCACCCUCACGCGGCACUCUAGCUGUGGUCUUCGCCUAUGUAAGAGCAAUCGUUCUAUCCACUCAGGGCCUGGUGGUCACGAUCAUCUACUGCUUCCUCAAUUCCGAGGUGCAGGACUCCAUUAGCAACCACGUGGAGCGAUGGAAGAGCACGCGAGACAUGCCCCUCACCUCCACAGGUGUCCAUCCACUCAAGACUCUGGAUCCCCUGGCCAACAACACCGCCGGAGACUCGGACCGAGUGUUGGAUACGACUCUCGGCCCAACGCAAGCGGCGGAUUCAUCAGCCUGCUUGUCCUCUUCGGCUGAGGAGCUGCAGGAGGGCGGCAAGCGGGGUGAAGUGCUGCGGGUGGACCAGGAUUUACUGCCGCUCUUCCCUCCCGUCUUCCCUGUCUCCUCCCACUCGUCACCGUUUCGUCCUCAGGAUGUGAUGAAAUCUGUCGCCAGGGAAGGCUGCGGCUCUAUCUUCCAAACCACCACUCAAACGCCUCAUCCUCGCCUCUUCGCUCUCGGUUCUGUGACCUCUAACUUCUCAUCCGCCUCUUCCAGUAACACAUCCUCCCCGAUACGCGCCCGCAAGGUGCUGCGCCAGACCACAAUUAGCAACCCUGAGGAACUCGAGGGAGUCCAUGCACAGACCCUCGCCUCCUGUCUGAAGUGUUCCUCCUACCCCCAGCUGACUGACUCAGAGCUCCACAUACUGACACAGGAAGGACAUUCAGCUGGGCGACACAAGUUAAUGUGAUGAGAAGACUAUUAUCAAAAUAAAAUCUGUUUUGCGUCUGUCAUCACAAAACACCAAAUCCAGAAUGUUACCUAUAAAGUAGUGAUAAUGUGUUACUUGUCUGGUGUGCUUAUUCCUUGUACCCACAUCCACUGGUGAGGCCAGCCGUCCUUCAUGACCUCCCACCAGUAGUGGAUGCCAGCGCGGGAGCCAUCUGUCAGAAGCAAUGCUAGCGUGGGAGCCAUCCGUCAGGGGCAAAUGAGCCACGGCUGCUCAGAUGACUGAAACACUAGACAUACUUUGA